GAAACUGUAUUUCUUUUUGUUAUUAGGUCACCAAGAAAAAGAAUAUAUAAUGGAAGAAACAACUUCUAGUUCAGAAUUAACCACGCCCUAUUAUACUGAUUACAUAUCACCUUGUGACAAAGAGGAUGUAUAUGCAUUUGUUGCUCUGUUUACAACAAUUUUUAAUUCAUUAUUUUUUAUAUUUGGAAUUACUGGAAAUGUCCUUGUAAUAUGGAUCCUUAUUAUUCAUGAACAUAUGGUGUCUCCUACAAAUGUUUUCAUAUUUAAUUUAUCAAUUUCAGACCUUAUUUUAACUGCCUGUCUACCGUUUUUUGUUGUAUAUCACAGGCAAGGAUGGGUUUUUGGACCUGUGGCAUGCAAAGUGUUUAAUGUUCUUUUUUCUCUGGGAUUCUACAGUGGAAUAAUUUUUUUAACAUGCUUAACCUUUUAUCGUUAUGUUGCAGUAGUGAAUCCAUUAUCAGUGCUUAAAACCAAAAGACACUUAAACGGAAUGCUUAUAACUGUGCUUUCUUGGGUAGUUAGCAUUUUUGCUUCUGUCCCUGUUAUGAUAUUCCAAGUUCAGACAUCUUCGGAGGAUUUUGGCAAAUGUGAAUAUAACCAAAUAUAUCCAGUGUUGAUAAGUCACUAUCAACAAAAUAUUUGUUUUUUUUUUGCUUUUUCUGUCAUUGUAUACUGCUAUUUCAGAAUAAUCAGGACAUUGAACAGUUCCCGAUCACAAAUGAAUCAUAAACCAGUGAAAUUGAUUCUUGUUAUUGUUGCAUUAUAUUUGGUCAGCUGGGCACCUUACAAUAUUGUAAUAUUAUUACAGUCAUUUCAGUAUCAACACUAUUUAGUGAGUUGCGAACUGGCAAAAAACCUUGAGUAUGCUAAAUAUAUCACUGAGAAAAUAGCAUUUUCUCAUUGUUGUCUCAAUCCUAUUUUAUAUGCAUUUAUUGGAAUUAAAUUCAGAAGACAUUUAAAAAACAUUCUAAAAUGUAACCAGCACAGCAAACGGAAACAACAAAGUGGGACUAAAAGUAUUUCGCAAGAGAAUUAUUAUAAUGAGAUGGGCUCAGUCUUCUAAUAGAAAUGAUGCUACACAACAUGAAGGAAACUCUGAAGCCGACAAUCAUUCUUUGUGAAGUUUCACUGUAUUGACUCAGGUGUAUUUUAUUCUUAUUUAGAGUAUGUUAUGGAAAGAUGAUGCAAAAAUACAUUAUUUGUCUAAUUCAUUUCACCCAUAAAAACUUAGUAUAAAUUAAUGUUAUGAGCUGUAAUAGAACAAUGUGUAAUAUAAGCAUUUACAUAACCCAAGCUUUUGCAGUAUUUUUAUGUUCCUUAGCUUGUUCAUGUAAUUUAUUAUCAUCUAUAUAUUACCUUUGAGUGAUCUUAUAUUGAUUCUAUUAUGUCCUUUUCUGUCUGAGUAUAAUAUAUAUGUACAUAUUAUCCAUCCACUUGACUUUUGCCAUUUUUACAAAGUUAAUCAAUGUUACAAAGAUUCACACAAG